AUGGUGAACGGUCUAUGGAUAGAAGGGAGCUGGGUCACAGACGCAAAUGUAAUCAAAGAAAAGUUCAUGUUGUCAUUUAAAGAUAAAUUCAAGGAACGAAUACAUUCUAGACCAAGAAUCGGUAUGGAUGGGUUUAAAAGAUUGGCGGAUCAUGAAAGUUCUGAGUUAGUGGAGCAUUUCAAAGAGGAGGAAAUAAAGAUGGCAAUAUUGGAGUGCGGCAGUGGCAAAGAAUACUGGGAGGAGUUGAAAUUGGCGAUCAUGGAGAAGAUGCAGCAAUUCUAUAUUCACGGGUCGAUUCAUCAUACCUGUAGCUCAUCCUUUAUCUCACUUAUCCCCAAGGUAAACGAUCCGCUAGUUUUUUCUGAUUUUCGUCCUAUUUCAUUAAUAGGAGUAGUCAAUAAAAUAAUAUCCAAAGUAUUGGCUAACCGGGUGAAAAAAGUCUCAAAUAGCAUCAUUUCGAGUUCACAAUCGGCUUUCAUAUCGGGUAGGAAUAUUAUAGAUGGACCCUUAGUAAUAAAUGAGAUUGUCGGUUGGGCGAAGAAGACAAAAAAGGAGAUUUUUGUAUUCAAGGCGGAUAUAGAGAAAGCCUAUGAUACGUUAAACUGGAAAUUUCUUAUUUCUAUUUUAACGCAUAUGGGAUUUCCUUCAAAAUGGAAGAAUUGGGUAAUGGGGAUUUUAUUUAGCGGGAGAGGUUCGAUCCUUGUAAAUGGAGCAACAACCGGUGAAUUCCAUUAUAAAAGAGGAUUGAGACAAGGGGAUCCCCUAUCCCCUUUCUUAUUCAUAAUCGCUAUGGAAGCAUUACACGUUAUGAUGGUGAAGGCCGAAGCAACGGGAAUAUUCUCGGGAAUAAAAUUACCGGGGGAAGAAAUAACAAUGACUCAUUUAUUGUUUGCUGACGAUUCAAUCUUUAUGGGUGAAUGGGAUGAAAACAACAUAAAAAAUCUAAGAAGGAUAUUAAGAUGUUACUACUUACUAUCCGGUUUAAAAGUAAAUCCAAGAAAAAGCCAAAUCUUUGGAGUAGGGGUUGAGGAGGAAGAGGUCAUCUCAAAGGCGGCAAGCUUCGGGUUCAAGCCAGAUAAGAAAUUUAGGGGGCUUGGAAUAGGGAGCAUAAGGGAUCUAAAUCUAUCAUUAUUGGUGAAGUGGUGGUGGCAGUAUAAAACAGAGCCACAACAAUUAUGGUCAAAAGUAAUAGGAGCAAUACAUAACAACAGGAGGAAAAUAUCAGCGGUACCAUUGAAGAAAGAUCACACGGGGGUUUGGAAAACAAUUGUGGGAAGAAAUAAAGAUAUGUCAAAAAGGGGCGUAGAGAUCGGAAAAAAUCUGGUUAGUAAAGUAGGAGCUGGCGAUAAAACGAUAUUUUGGAUAGAUGUGUGGAGUGGGGAGAUUCCAUUUCUCGAAAGGUUUCCUUUGCUUUAUGAUCUUGCAAAAAACAAAAGAGCUAAAGUAGAAGAUUACUAUAAGCGGAUAAAUGAUGGUAUUUUAUGGGAGUGGGCUUGGCUGAGGGUUCCCAAUACAGAAGCUGAAAACCAUCAAGCCGAAAAUUUUUUAGCAAUUUUGAACGUAACAACAGUAUCGGCAAGGGGCGACAAUUGGAUCUGGAAAGGCGAAGAAAACAAAGAGUUUGCGGUAAAAAGUAUAAGGAACACAUUGUCAAGGAAUCUAAACUUAAACGAACCAGCGGAUAACUAUUUUUGGAACAAUUGGGCCGCUCAGAAAUGUAGUACGUUUGUCUGGAGAGAGUUAAAAGGAAGAAUAUCGACGGCUACACAACUUAGAGAAAGAGGACUGACGAUUCUUUCGGGUAGAUGCAGACUUUGUGAUCGGGAGGAAGAAACGCCAAAUCAUGCUCUAGGAAAAUGUAGAGAAACAAAAGGAGUAUGGGACCAAAUCGGCUGUUGGGUCAAGGCAGAAACAAUUACACAGUAG